UUUUUUUUUUUUCCUUUUUUUCCAUCCCCGCUGAUCCCUCGCGGCGCGGUUCUCCGGGGUGUUGGCCGUCCGACGGGGUCGGGCCGCGUUCUGCCCCGCCGGGGGUGCGGGGACCGCCGGGGACCCCCUGGGGUUGCAGGGACCUGCCGGGGGUACGGGGAUCUGCCGGGGUGCCGGGACCUGCCCGCCUUCCUUCUCUCCACCCCAGCGCCACUUUCCCCGGCGUGCUGCCGAGCGUGUUCCUGCUGCUCUUAAUUUCAGCGCGAAGCGUGCAUCACCCGUGCAAGUUGCUGACUUAACCGUAAAUACUUGCUUUCUUCAAUAAGCCCGGUCCGGAGGUGCUGCCGGUAGGGAGAAGCGUGGCGGCUGGCUUUUGGCUUUCAACUUCCUCACGGUGGCUUGUAAAAUAUUUUGAAAUCUAGGGGCUUGGUGAGGAAUCCCGAGCCCUGUCUAUAGUGCAACGUGGUCGUUCAGGUGCCCUAUUCACCCCGUCGCUGUGGGUGUUUGUGGCGGUCCCGGCGGGCGGCUGUCACGUGUUGGGGCACACGGCGCUGUGUCCUGCUCUGCUGAGGACAGCUCCUCGUGCGCCUACUGCAUCGACUCGUUUUGCUGCAUUCAUUUGCUCGGGGAUUGCUUUUUUAACGCAGUGCAAUGAACUUAAUCAGGCUCCUAUUAAUUUUGUGCCUUCUACCUAGUAAGCUGUCAGAUGCAGUUUUAGAAAAAUAAUGGUGACAAGCAGUUGCUGGUGUGGUGCUGUUCUGCUUGUGCAGAGAACAGAAUGCUCAAACGGGGUGGACAGUCACCGAAAGCCUGGGUCUGUCCGUCUGUGUUUUACGUGUUUUUGCCGUUCAGCUUGUCAUGUUGCUCCCUGUGAAGGUGCUGGGAAGGACACGUUUUGUGGUGGCAUGCCAGGAUGCUGGAAAUGCCUAGUUAACUACCGGCCGUCUGUUAGGAGGCUUGUGUGUGUUCUGUGCUGUGGCUGCUAACACCUGCCUGUGCCCGCCCAAAUCCAAAAUCCAAAAACGUGCCAUCAUUCAGGGUUCAUGUCUUUGGGAAUAAUUCACGAUAUGUGAAGUUUUAAGCACCUAGGGUGAAAGAGGAAUUGGCAGUGUGUACACGGACUGCUUUGGUGUAGGAUGCAGCUGAAAGGUCAGAUGCUGAUUUUACUCCUGAACAUGGAGUAAGCCUGUGGCAUUUUACACUAAUCUGGUUUCCAGCAGACAGGAGGAAUACAAAGGUGAUCGCAGUCAUUGUCUUCAGAGAGAGCUGAAAUACAGUCAGUUUUGGAUGUAUUUCUGAACAGGAGAGGCUUCGUGCCUUUAGCCUAUCUCUAUCUGACCUAGUCACAGGAUUCUUGUGAGCAAAUAUUUUUCCACUGCUCUGAUUCCCAGCAGUCCUUGGUUUAACUUAGCAGAAUGAUGCAAGUAAACCAUGCUAAUAACCCGAUCACUAUACGUAUUGUUCAUAAUUUAUCAUGGAGUUUAUCUUCCCAGUUCCAUAUUGCCUGCCCAGAUGUCUAGGAAAGAAACAAAAGUCAUAAAUUCUUGUUGGCUUGCUAGAGGAAACAUGGGCAUGCCUGGUGCUGUAGCGUUUUUUCAUGCUUCUAUAUGCAUUUAAAGUAGCUGCAGCAUGAUUAAAUGUAAGGUUACAAGAAUGAUGCAGGUGUUGGAGUGUUGCCUGUUUGGUGUUUCUGAGGGAUAGCACUGGACAGAUGGACGUGAGGGGACUGCAGGCAGGACGGUGCUGUGUCAAGCCGGGAGCUUCCCACCGGAGAAGAGGAGUCCAUUUGGCUUUGGUUCAGGGUGGCGGCUGUGGGGCUUGUUUGUUCUUUGAAAUCAAAUCUCCCCACUGGAUUAUCUUAAAAUAUGAUUUCCAGUUUGGCCGCACAAAGCUCAGGCCUUUCCGCUGUGCUGUUGGCCUCUCCAGGUGGGCAGUGGCAAAGGCAGGAGGACUGAGGGCGUGCGGUUGGGAACGCCACCUAUCCUAUUGGGAUGUGUGUUGGGUCUUUUCCACAGAACUAUCGCGCGACUAUUGUGAAAUACCAUCUUAGUAAUCAUGAAGCGCUUGUCACACAAACUCGUUUUUCUGAAGCGUUAGUGCUUAUUUAUAGAAAAGAUUAUGGUUUUAUUCACUACGAUCGUGUUCUUUUCUGAAUUGCAUGCUGUUUUCUACACUUCCUUCAUACGUGCUGUCAAAAUCAGUGUUCUCCCUUAGAGGAGCAUCAACUGGGUGAACGUUUUAAAGUAGGCUACUUCAGGGUUUUUGAAGUAGUAUUUAAAAAAAAAUGCAGUGCUUUUAUUAAUGAUCUGGAUGACGAGUGUACCUUCAGCAAACAACUCUUUCCUCAAGCCAGCAGCUUACUUUUAACAAAACAGUAAAUUAGACUGUGAAGCAAUUGCCAUGUGCAAAAUACCAAAGAAGUUAUUUCUGGUGGUGGUGGGUCUUUUUUGGCCUAGUCAGAAUGCAGAAUCUUGCCUGAUUCCUAGUAGAACAGCAUCUCUGAUAGAAGUCGCUGGGACCCUGGACAGAGACUACAUGUUUCAGAUCCUUUUUCUUCCCUCUAUCUCCUUGUCUUACGUGUCUUCUGAAACGGAUAACAAUUGCUGACAGGAAAAAGAACCCAAGUAAUAAGAACACAUUAUAUCCUAUUAUAUGAGAAGCAUUUUGGUGAAGAAUGCAAGACCUAACGGCUCAGGUAACAAGCAGUCUGCUGCAGUUUCCUGAGGUGACUAUUCAAGCACUUGGGGAAGAUGAGAUAACCCUAGAUUCUGUGCUGCGUGGGAAGUUUUCUGGAGGGAGAAAUGGCCAGGCAUGGUUGGCAUGUGGUCCUCAACUUGAGGUAGUGAACUCUGUGACAGGAGAGAGGCUUUCUGCAUAUCGUUUCAGUGGAGUGAAUGAACAGCCUCCCACUGUUCGUGUGGUAAAGGAGUUCUCCUGGCAGAAGAGAGCUGGGCUAUUGGUGGGAUUGGAAGAAGCAGAGGGAAGUGUUCUCUGUCUGUACGACCUUGGAAUAUCAAGAGUGGUUAAAGCAGUUGUUCUUCCAGGAAGGGUAACUGCUAUAGAACCCAUAAUUAAUCAUGGAGGAGCCAGUGUGAGCACUCAGCACCUACACCAGAGUCUGCGAUGGCUCUUCGGAGUAGCAGCAGUGGUUACAGAUGUCGGACAUAUACUUCUGGUUGACCUUUGUUUGGAUGAUUUAUCUUGUAGUCAGAAUGAAAUAGAAGCAUCCGACCUAGAAGUUGUCACUGGAAUUCCUGCUGAAGUUCCACAAAGAAGAGAAGCUGUGACCAGAGAGGGGCGACAUCUCUGUUUUCAAGUACAAAAUCCGUCAGGAACAGCAAUAUCAACCCUGUGCUACAUAAGCAGAAGCAAUCUGCUUGCUGUGGGUUUUUCAGAUGGCUACCUGUCACUAUGGAAUAUGAAAACUUUGAAGAGGGAGUACCACUCUCAACUUGAAGGAGGAAGGAUUCCUGUAUAUGCUGUUACUUUCCAAGAACCUGAAAAUGAUCCUCGCAAUUGUUGCUACUUGUGGGCUGUUCAAUCUACGCAAGAAAGUGAAGGUGAUGUUUUGAGUUUACAUCUGCUGCAGUUAGCAUUUGGUGACAGAAAACGCUUGGCAUCAGGACAAGUCAUGUAUGAGGGCUUUGAAUAUUGUGAUGAAAGGUACAGUUUAGAUCUCACAGGUGGAGCCUUUCCCUUGAGAGGACAGAGCAGCAAUACUAAAUUACUCAGCUGUCAGACUGUAGAGAAAUUUCGCAACCACGUUGACAGAGAGGAUAGUGUUAACGAAGUAAUAUCUCCUGACACCAGUGUAUCAAUCUUCAGCUGGCAAGUGAAUACAUAUGGUCAGGGAAAGCCAUCUACUUAUUUGGGUGUAUUUGACAUUAAUCGCUGGUAUCAUGCUCAAAUGCCCGAUUCACUAAGGCCAGAAGAAUUCCUUCAUAAUUGCCCAUAUUUUGCCUUAUGGUCAUUGGAUACUGUAAUAAGUAUGACUUCUCCAAACCUCAUUUUGGAUAUUCUGGUACACGAGCGGAGUUUAAGUCGUGGAGUUCCUCCUUCUUAUCCACCGCCUGAGCAGUUUUUUAAUCCAAGUACCUAUAACUUUGAUGGUACGUGCUUGCUGAACUCUGGAGUUGUUCACAUGACUUGCACUGGCUUCCAGAAGGAGACCUUGAAUUUUUUAAAGAAAUCUGGUCCUUCAAUAAGUGAAGCCAUUUGUGAUAGCUACAAUAGGUGUCUUAUAGCUGGCUUGUUGUCUCCAAGACUAGUUGACGUCCAGCCAUCCAGUCUGAGUCAGGAGGAGCAAUUAGAAGCUGUAUUGUCAGCUGCUGUCCAGACAAGUUCUUUAGAACUUCUGACUGGGUGCAUUAAACAUUGGACAUCUGAAGAGCAGCCAAGUUCUGCUGCUAGUUUACGGUUUGUUCUUGAGUGGACGUGGAACAAAGUGAUUUAUACAAAAGAUGAAUUUGACCAAAUCUGUGUUCCACUGUUCGAUGGCUCCUGCAACUUCAUUGACCCACAAACAAUACAGUCUCUUCAGCACUGCCAGUUGGUUUUGAGCAACCUUAGCACAGUUUUAAACUGUUUCCUAGCAGAAGCACAAGAGCUUACUGAAAAAGGUGUUACAGACUUGACAAAUAAGCAGAUGGUAACUAGCCUCAUUUCUUUGUAUGCACAAGUAGUCAUCUGGUUCUGUCGAUCCAGUCUCCUACCAGAGGGUUUAGAUGAUGAUAUGCACUUGUCUAGACCUUUCUACAAUUAUCCUCUGAUUCAGAGCUACUAUGCUGGUCAUCGACAGAAACUUGAGCGUUUAUCAAGAGGAAAAUGGGAUUCUGACUGCUUGAUGAUUGAUGGAAUGGUUUCCCAGUUAGGAGAACAAGUUGAGAAACUGUGGCGGAGAGAUGAAGGAGGAACUGGGAAAUACCCACCUGUUAGUUUACAUGCACUGCUGGAUCUCUAUUUGUUAGAAAACAUUGAAGAAAACCACAAACAUGCAAUUACAAUUUACUUGCUGCUAGAUAUCAUGCAUUCCGUUCCAAAUAAAACAGAAACUUCAAUUGACUCCUUCCCAACUGUUUUUGCUAUCCCCUGGGGUCUCGUUAGGCUUAUUCAAGGUUUUUGGCUUCUGGAUCACAACGAUUAUGAAAAUUCAUUGGCCCUUCUGUUUCAUCCAGCUACAAUCAAAACUGUGUCAUGGCAACAUAUGAGAAUUAUUCAAUCCCUCAUGUGCCAAGGAGAGCAUAGGCGAGCCCUCAGAUACAUGCAGAUGAUGAAGCCAUCAGUCUCAAGCAGUAGUGAAGUGCAGCUUUUCCUCACUGUGUUGUUGUCCAACAGGUGCAUGGUGGAGGCUUGGAGUCUGUUGCAGCAACAUAGCACUAAGUUAAAUGUAGAAGAGCUGUUAAAACACAUGUAUGAAAUCUGUCAGGAGAUGGGACUAAUGCAAGAUUUAUUGAAGCUCCCUUUCACAGACACUGAACAAGAGUGUUUGGAGAAGUUUUUGCAGACCAACGGUGGUGUUCAGAAUCAUGAAUUUCUUUUAGUUCACCAUCUGCAACGUUCCAACUAUAUCCCAGCGCUACAGUUGAAUCAGUCAAUGAAAGUUAAUCUUAUGAAUGAUCGUGAUCCUCGCUUGAGAGAGAGAGCAGUUACCAGAAAUUCUAUAUUAGACCAAUAUGGCAAGAUCCUUCCUAGAAUUCAAAGGAAACUGGCUUUAGAGAGAGCCAAGCCUUACCGUUUGCCUUUUUCAGUCUUAAGAGAAGUAUCAAGACCAAAGCCAUUAUCAACAGUAGCAAAAAAAGCUAAUGCAGAAAGUGUGCAUACAAGAGCAACUUUCAUCAGUAAUGUAUUGUCCAAAAUUGGAGAAGUAUGGGUAGGAAAUGAGCAGAAAAACAGUUUAGCACAAUACGAUAGUCCUAGAGUUACAGAACCACCAGUCAUAACACAUCAACCUCUCCCUGAUGCAGAGUUGCCUGAGGCGUUUAUUGGGACACCAAUUACAAAAUUUUCACAAAAAUGUUCCAGAUUGCUGGAUUUGGUGGUUCGCCCUGUUCCUUCAUGUUCUCCAGCACAGGAUGAUAGCUGGCAGUCACCAUGCCUAGCUUCUACUUCAUACAUGGCAUCCAGCCCAUUGAAAUCAAGCAUACAUGGUUCCAUCUCACAAAAAAGAAUUGCAAGAGCAUCAGAACUGGGUUUACUAGAGACUCCUCUUGUGGUUAAGAGAGCUAAAGUUUUGGUGACAUCUGCUGCUGCUCCUGGUUUUCCUGGGUUUACUCCUCAGUCUAUUUUGAGAUCCAGCCUUCGCACCACACCCCUAGCAACUCCCUCUGCAUCUCCAGGGCGAUCAGUUACUCCUCCUUUACGAGCAAAGGAACUUAGAAUAUCUUUCAGAGAAGAGAACUCGAAUGUAAAAUGGACUGUUGGGGUAACAGAAGAUGAUAAAGCACAGCCUGGAGCUUCAUCUGAGCAUCAUCGUGGAUUGGUGGAGGAUGCUUGGUCUGAAUGUAGAGAUAAAACAACUCUGUUUACUCUGAGGAAUCCUGAGGAUGGUCAUGCUGAAAUGGAAGAGUCUUUAGAAAGCACACCUGAAGGUGGUUUGGAGAAAAUGGAUGUCAGUAAAGAAAAUAGUAAUGUCUCUGCCAGGUCAGACCAAACUACGUUGGAAUAUCAUGAUGCAAAAUCACCUGGCGAUUUUGAAGAUGAUGUCAUUUUUAUAGCUGCUAAACCAGCUAAUUCUUUCACUGAAGAAACUGCUGAUUUUCAAGAACCAGAGAGAGAGGACCGUGGAAUGGUUGAAGAUAAACCUUUCCAGAUAGAAAAAACAGAUUCAUCAGAACUAAGAAAAGAAGCUGGAUUUUUGGAAGUAUCAACUACUGAAUGUCCUACCUUUCCCGAGGACGGUAAAUUUGUGUUUAAAGCUGCUGAGGCUGCUGCUUCUUGGACUGCAAAUGAAGGUGAAACAAACCACCAAGAGCCUAAAAUGUCCUCUUCAUCAGAAGAAAGAGACGUACCUUCUGUAGUAAAUCCACAGCUUUCUGAAUCCCCGGAGGCAGACAACGAAUCUGUGAUAAGUAUCCUUGACAGUGAGGAUGUGGUCAGUUCCCAUUCAGAAAAUCGCCCUGAAGGAAAGCAUGUGGAUUUACCUGAAGAACGGAACCUAGACGAAGCUGAAGUUGAAGAUCUUCUCUUUGUGCAGGAAGAAAUGCAUGUUUCUAAUAAUCUUCCUAAAACUGAAGAAAUUCAUGUUCUUGAAGAUGAUGCAGUUAAGGCACAAGCCUCAGAGGAACCACCUGAAACAUCUCCAUGUAGUGAACUACAUCCAUCAGGCAAUCUUCAGUACAGCUAUGACACUAUAGAGCAGCAGUUCACAUGUGAUUUUCCUGAUAAUAAGGAUGAUGAAUGUGAUGCAGCUGAAGGAGAUGGAGAGCUUUUUAUAUCUCAGAGUAAUUUUACUUUAGUGUUGGAAGGAGAAGAAGGUGAAGGAGAGAUGGGAGAACCUGAAUUAGUAGAUGCUUCUAAACCAGCUGUUUACACAACUGAUGAAAAACCUGUGAACAGUUUUGGAAAUACUGAAAAUGAAGAACAUGUUACAAACUCAGUGUCUACUGUAACUAGUGACCAGGAAUCUCAAAAUAUUGCCGAGUCACUCCCAUAUGUGCCUGAACCCAUUAAGGUAGCUAUUGCUGAGAACUUACUGGAUGUAAUCAAAGACACAAGAAGUAAAGAAUAUACAUCCGAAGUUGUAGAACAAUCUAUUCAUGAAAGCAUAGGUAAAAAGGUAACUAGAAUGCAAAGGUCAAAAUCUUCCUUAACAACUGUGCCAGAAGGAGUGGAAGAUGAAACCAACAUACGUCAAGUAGAGUAUGUUGUCACUCCAAGAACACGCCCAAGGCGACAACUGAAUAGAAGUCUAAUUAUUCCAUCAUCAGAUGAUCAACAGCUACUGAAAACAGACAAACCAGUUCUGUUUGGACUCUCUCCUAGGAGAAGUACCAGGCGAACAAAAGGAGCACCUGAGACUACUAGUCUUCUAACAGUAGAAAAUACUCAAGAUGAGCAAAUACCUCUAACCCCUGUUACCCCGAGGAGAGGUAGGAAGCCCAAACAGACUAAUUUAGAAAAAGUAGAGAGCAGCCAAUCUGAUGGACAAACAUUGUCCAGCAGUACACAGUCCAUAGCCACUACUCCAAGAAGAGGAUUAAGGAGAGCAAAGGAAGCUGCAUCUGAACUCUUGGAAGAGGCUAAAGAGGAAACUUCUCUUGCCGAAGGUAGCAUUAUUUCUACUACUUCUAGAAGGACUAGAGGAGGAAAAAGUUCAGCAGGAGAUCAAGAAACUGGUCAGACUGGCACUGAUCAUAGGAUAAAAAUGGCAGUCAGUCCCAGUAGAAGUAUAAGAAAAUUAAAAAGCAGUAAUUCACAGCCUACUGAAAACACUGUCAUGGAGCAAGAGAUGCAGCCUAGUGACCAACUUCUUUUACCUGUGCCAACUAAAAGAGGCAGAAGAAGAAAACAGAGUUCAUCAGAUCUUUCAGAAAAUUCUGACCUCGAUCUGUCUAAAUCAUCACUUCCUCAAACAGAACUCAAACUUCCUGUGACUCCUAGAAGAAGUGUUAGGAAGCAGGCACGGAAUCUCUCAGCAGACAUUGAAUCUGCCUCUACUCAGGAAGACAUACCUUCAGGUGAGAAAGUGGAAAUCGUUGAUACUCCUAGGAGAAAAAUAAGAAGAGUUACACAUGCUAAACCAGAAAAAACAGAUGCUUUUGAGAGAACACCUGAGCAGCCAAACGAACAAUCAACCACACCCAGGACUGCAGUAAGGACAGGGGGUCGGGGCAGAAAGAGGCAAUUGCCAUCGAUAUUGGAGGAGAGCACAGGGGAACAACAAGCCUUCCCCCAAGGACCCGAUGGCAGUCCUUUGCUGCUCACAGACAUAAACACAUCAGGAUAUGAUGAAACAUCAAGAACUUUAACAGAUCGUAUUACAAGAUCCCGUAAAACUAGCGUGCAUCAGAAACUGUCUGUUGAGGAAAACGAAUCCUUCCUUUUCUCUCCUCCCCUCACAAAGCUGGCAAAGAAAGUUAAAGCUGGAAAAGGAGACCAUCCUGUGCAGCUUAAGGAUUUAGACCCGGACUUGUCUUCUCAAUUUGUCUUUUCACCCCCUCUUUUGAGGUCAAGGAGAAAAAAUGUCUCUAGUAUUUCCCGAAUUGUGAAAGAACCGGAGCUUCCAACUAAAGAAGAGGAGGAUACCAAAUCCGUAGAGUCUGUGGGAAAACAAAAAUUGAAGAGGGGUAGAACUGCAAAAUCAAAAGCGAACAAAACAAGCAAAACCACAAGAAAGGAAGCUUCUUGGUCACCUCCACCAGUAGAAAUACAGUUAAUUUCUCCUUUUACAAGUCCAAUGGAUGGAAAGAAAAGCAAACAGAAAGAAACCGCAGAUGCAACAGAGAAGAAUCUACGAAAGAACAAAAAAAGACUGUCUAAUUUUCCAAAGCCAGUUGUGCGCCGGAAGAUGCUGUAACUGUUUUUUAAGUUUGUAAUGUACACCACUGUUUGUAAAGUCAUCAAAAUUGUGUGGAUUAGUAAAAAUAAAAAGUAAUCAUCUAAUUUGGAAGAGAUAAUUUAUAUAAAUUAUUGUAAAAUUUCAUAAACAAAUGGUCUUCAAUAAGUAACUCCAUAUGGAGUAGGAUUUCCUCAGUCAAUGCAGUUUUCUAUUUUAUAUUAAGACUUCAUACAUUUAUAUAAUAUGUAAAUACAGCUUAUUUUAGGAAUGUUAAAUAAAAAUGUAUACUUCACAAUAUGCUUACUGUCUGAUAGCUUUUUAAGGGAAUAGUGGGUUGAAUGGCCUGUAUCUCUCAAAUUUUAAUGUUGGUUUGCAAGAGUUGUUGAUACUGAAAAAUGAGGCCAAAAGUUUUUAAAAGUUUGCUUAGAACUACUAUGACAAACAUUUAAAAUGUACUAGUUUAAAUUUUAUAGAUGAUGUUUGACCUUCUGGCAGAAAUAAUUGGGCUCAUGAAUACAAACUGGUAAUUACUUACAUUCACGGUUAAGUUGUACUGUAUUGAAGUCAGAAUGUAAACAAUUGUAUUUUAAGCUGUGCAAUAUUUUUUUUUGUAUUUGUCUUAAACUUGGGGAAAGCUGCUUUUCAGUUUAUAAAACUAGAUCACAUCUCAGAUGUUUCACUAUUUUUUACAAUUUGUUGUCAGCAAAAAACUAUAGAGUUUGAUGCUUGCAAUAGCAUAUCAAAUUUAGAGGGAUAUUGCCCACAUAAUUUUGGCUCAAAUUUCAAAGUAUUUUCAUAAGAUUGAUACAAAUACAACUAUAAUUGAAAUAAUUACUGUCUGUAAACAUUUUGCAAUAUUUGAAGUCUGCAUAUCACAGCACUGAAAGCUUGAUGGUAAAGCUAACUUAAAAAGUCUGAAGGUACCAAAAUGUACAGAAAUCUUAGUUACAAACCAUAUUUUUGAAUAAUGAUCUCACUAAUAAUCUUGGCCUAUGGAGUAAAUGUCCCUAUAAAAUUUCAAUUUGUAAGAAUAGAUGAAAAAGACUAUUCUUUUAAAAGCAAACAUGGAAGUACUAUUUUGAUGUGCGGUCUUUUAGACAAUGGAUUAUUUUUAUGUAUGUUAAUUUAUAUAUGGAUGCAACUUUGAAGACUACCAAAUGGUGGAACCUGACAUUAAACUUUUUGAUUAGUAAAAA